AUGAGGGCAAGUGCGAAGGCCUGCGCGGAAUUUCUUUGCGCAGGCUCUCGUGCAUGCCUUCCGGCGACGGCCUCAUGGAUUAUUUGCGUAUUCGCGGCGGAAAGAUUUCAGCCAUGUCCCUCUCUCGGCCAGAUUAAGGAGCUGGAAGACGAGCUAGCUCAGGCUCGCAGCCGCUCGGAGAAGCUGCAGCAGGAGCUCGCCGAUAAGAACGACCUGGUAGCAGUCCUGACAGCAGAAAACAAGGCGCUGAAGGCAGCCGCAGCAGCCGUUCCGAGCGGCCCCUCUGCCCCCCUGAAGCACCUCCACAGGCAGCUCGACGAGCAGCUGCACAAGGCCCUGCUGCUGGAGCAGGACUUGGCAGCGGCUAAGCAGCGCGAGGCCGUUUCGACUCAACGCCUGGCAAUCCUGGAGUCCCUGCUGGCUGAGCAGCGGGGGGAGCAGGCCAAGAUGUUGACGGAGGCAGAGGCGGCCGCAGCUAGGCUGCGGAUGGAGAUGGAGGCGGUUAGGACGGAGGCGCAGAUGGCCUGUCGGAACGCCGAGCUGGCGGAUCGCGCGGCUCAGCGGCGGGUGGAGACUGAGCGGGAGAUCCUCAAGGUGACCCAGUCCCAGCUGGAGGAGGUCCGCAGCCAGGCGGCCAGCCUCAAGGCAGAGCUAGAACAAACCCGGAAACGGGCUGGCCGCUACGAGGCCGAAAUGGCGGCUCUCCGCAGCAGCGCCCAGCACGUGCGGCUGCAGCUGCUAGAGGAGGAGCUGCGGACAGCCAGGGAGGCGCUGGCGGAGGCGGAGGCGCAGGUCGCGGCAGCUGCGGGCCCCGGUAGGCCCCGAGGCGACCGCCAGGUCGGGCCGCAGCUGCCGCUGCCGCUGGGCCAGAUCAGCGGCACCGGGGGGGCUGGCACAGCCGGCGGCGGCACAGCCACCACGGCAACGGCGGUAGGGGCAGGUGCAGCCGGCGGAGGCGGAAGCGGGGCUGGCGGAGCGAGUGGUGACGCGGAGGCGGUAGGGGCGCUGCCUGAGGCCCUCCGUGCAGCCUGGCCCACACUCGUCAAGGUGGUGGGAGUGGCCCCCGGGCUCCCCCUGGCUACACAGACAGCGGAGGUGGCCCGGGCAGCGGCGGCCCUGGCGGAGGAGGCGGCAGACCUACGCGCCGCCGUCAAGGCGCAGGACGAAUCACUGAUGCGGCUGCGUGCCGCGGCGAGCGGCUCGGAGGCCUAUGCCGCAGAGCUGCAGUCCCAGCUCGCCGACCUACGCACUCGCCUGGAGCGCUCCCUCACAGCGGAGCGAGUGGCUGAGCGGCGGUCAGCGGCCAUAGAGCAGGAGCGGGACGCGCUGAGGGCCGCACUGUCCCACCACUGCCCCACCACCAGCGGGGGGCCACACGGGGCCGCGGCGGCAAGUGGGCGGAUAGAGCCGCCGCAACCCGGCUCGCUGAGCGGGCGGCUGCUGGCGGGGCAGCAGGCGGCGGCGAUGGAGCAGCUGCAGAAGCUGAAUGAGGCUUUGCAAAAGCAGGUGUCGGCCUUGCAGCUGGAGGUGGCUGCCAGCACCUCAGCCGCGGAGGCCCAGGCCCUGGCCGCCCGAGCCUCCACCGCCCGGGCCGAGGCGGCGGAACAGCGAGUCAAGCAGCUGGAGAAGGAGGCGGACGCCCUGGCCGGAGAGGAGCGACUGGGCCGCGGUGAGCUCAUCCGCGGCGGUGGUGUGCGCGUGCUGCACCUGCGCCAUAACCCGGAGCUGGCGGCCCGACAGGAGGCGCGUGAGGCGGCAGUGACCCGCCUGGCCGCGGAGAACGACGCGCUCCGGAACCAGGUGGCUGAGCUGGAGGCAGCGCUGCAGCGGGCGAACACUCAGCAGCAGUCGCAGCCGCCGCCCGUCCCGUCCGGUCCCGCGGACGAGAACGUGGAGGUGGUCGCUGCGCAAGGGGCCCGAGCAGCUCCGCCGCCGCCGCAGCCCCCCGCUAUCCCGGGCCCCGCGCUCGGUGGCGGUGUGGCCAUCGCAGUGAAAGACGCGGAGAUCACGGUGCUGCGGCGCAAGGUGGACGAGUGCGAGAAGGCCAUGAGCCGCUUGAAGCUGGUCUUCAAAGAGCGAAUCACGGUCUUUAGGGAGGCCUGCUACAGCCUGUUCGGUUACCGGGUGGAUGUGACUGCGGAGGCCACCGCGGCUGCGGAGGCUGCGGGCGCACCCACCACCUUCACUCUGAAGCCGCAGCACGCGGACGACCCGGCAGCGCUGCUCGUGUUCAGGUACACGGGCGGUGGUCGGAUGGAACUGGUUCCCAACACCUUCACACGGGAGCGGCUGGCGCGGGAGGUGGAGACCUUUGUGCGCAAGUUCAACUGCAUACCCGCACUCACCGCCAACCUGACCAUGGACAACUUUCAGAAGCAAACGCAGUGCUGA